AUGGUGCUGAGAUUAGAGUUGUUAUCGUCAGAAGAUGGUACAGCAGCCGCUGGUGAUACAAGAGGCGUAAAGGGUAGGGGAGGUGUAGUGACGUCGGGCGAGGUGGCGGCCGGAAGCAGUGUAGGUGACGGGGUAGGCGUAUGGAAUACAGCAUCAGUGAGCUCAUUUGGCGAUGUCAGAUUGCUGGAGAGUAGAGCCGGUGCCGGGAGGGUGAGUUGGUGGCAUAGGAGUGGCCUGCUCAGGCAUACGAUGGCGCUCGGUUUAGUUAGCGUCGCCCCACAUCGAAUGAGGUAUACCAGCGUUUAUGAGAUGGGCACGAACGUAGUUUUUGCGAUGGGGCGCGUAGAUCAAUCUGACGUUCACGGCACAUUAACCCCUGUGACAGACAACGUCCUUGUCGGCAACAAGAGUGCAGGGGACCCAACGCGAGGAAACUAUGGUGAAAAGAUCGUCUACCUCAUGGUGGGCAAUACCCUUGUUCGGUAGAGUGGUAUGUAGGCCGUAACGGGCGCCAGCAUCGAAUAUGUUAAGAGUAUAUGUGUUGCCGUAACGGCCAACAGAAUAUAGGCCUUGGAGACCGGCAACGAAGUGCUCUCCUGGGCCGUACAUGCUGCUAGUAGAUUGGCGGGAGACCUUUUUAGCCUCAUUUUUCUUCAAUGCGUACUCGGCAAUGUAUAUUAAACUCAGGGUUGUAGCGACAAUAUUCAACCACAGAUUCAAAGUCAUCGCCUGGCGUGACAUGUGCAGCUGUGGGACCAAUGAGGGCGACCACGGUAAACUUCCGAGUAGGCUUGCCAACGCCUGUAGUUCCAUGCCGCAAGAACGUAG